UUAUAUGAGAGCUCAAGAUACCAACAAAAUACCAUGCAGAUUAUCUGGAGGGACAACGCGGACGCCCAGGUCUACGAGACUGCCCGCCUGGACAACGUCUUCAACAAACACAGCCCAAAUCGAUUUCCACUGGCAAUUGUCAAGGUGACCAGCGAAAAUGAUGUCAUUGCAGCCGUACAGCUGGCAAUCCAACAUAAAUGCCAGGUCUCCGUGCGGGCGGGAGGUCACUCUUUCCCAGUAUGGAGUGUCCAAGAUGAUUCGAUCUUGGUGGACAUGGGCGACUGGAAGCAAGUCAAGAUUGAUCCAGAGAAAAGCGCUGCUACAGUGACGCCUAGCGUCACCAGCAAGGAGCUCAAUGACCGUCUUGCCCUCCAUGGAUUAAUGUUUCCCGGAGGCCAUUGCGGUGAUGUAGGAUUGGGGGGUUUUUUGCUUCAGGGCGGAAUGGGGUGGAAUUGCGGAAACUGGGGAUGGGGUUGUGAAUUUGUCGAAGCUGUAGAUGUUGUGACUGCCCAAGGCCAACUUGUCCACUGCAGUGCACAGCAGAACGAAGACCUUUUUUGGGCUUCUCGUGGAGCCGGACCGGCUUUCCCGGGUCUUAUCACGCAGUUCCAUGUGCGUCUCAUACCACUUCCGCUAGAGAUCCAUUCCUCGAUGUAUAUCUACCCUCAAAAUCUAUACUACGAGGCAUUCAACUGGGCUCUAGCAUUGGCACCUACCUUAGAUGGUGACACAGAGAUCACCGCAAAGGCCAAAUGUGACGAAGGAAAGCCGGUCUUCGCCAUCUAUUUCACCAGCAUGAAGGAUACCGAAGCGGAUGCCAGAGCAGCUCUUCAGCAUGUUCAAAAUUCCAGACCCGCAGGCGCACUAACUGAAUCCUUCUGUUACAAAGACAGUCUGGGUAAACUCUACGAGGUCAUGAGCACCUUGCAUCCUAAGAACCACCGAUAUCUGUCGGACAAUGUAUACCUUAAAAAUGAUGCAGAUGUGCCCGGUCUCUUAGAAAAAGCGUGUUUUACGCUCCCACACCAAAAGUCCUAUCUCUUCUGGACUUCAAUGCGUCCGUGGAGUAGAAAGAAGCUUCCUGAAAUGGCGCUCAGUAUGCGAUCAGAUCAUUAUUUCGCGGUUUAUCUGAUUUGGGAAAAGGAAGAAGAUGACCGGCGGUGUCGGGAGUGGCUGCAACAAGUCAUGAAAAAGGUUGAAGUCGAAUCCGUUGGGUCAUAUAUAGGAGACUCGGAUUUCGAGCUACGCUUGACUGAAUACUGGACGGUGGAUAAUGCCCAGCGGCUUACGAAAAUCCGAGACGAACGGGAUCCCGAUGGCCGAAUAAAUGGGGGGUUUCCUGCAGCCUCCAAGAGAAGCGUUUCGAGACAGGGAUAAGAGCAUUUGAUUUCGUUUUGGUGCUUCAUAAUGUUGAAGAAUGCAAUCUAUGACGAGAUACGAGCCCAGGUUCUACCAAAAUUUCAUUAAACACCUUCGACCUCGCAUCGACACCAGAAAGCGAACUCCUUGG